AUGUCGGACCCUUAUAACAACAACCGCUAUCCACCUGGCCUUGGUGCUGGUGGUGGAGGCGGUCCGGGAUAUCAACAUCAACAGGGAUACCCACCCCCUCAAUCAGCCGUUCCUGGCGGGCAGUAUUAUGAUCAUAAUCAACCGGCUCAGGGCUAUCACCAACCGCCUCCAGGAGCACCGUACGGGCAUACUCCCUCACCCCAACCACCGCCUUAUCAUCCUCAAGACCCGAACUACGGUCAAGGCUACCAACACCCUCCAGAGGCUCAAGCGCAGUACCGUCCCCCCAGCCAUAGCCCCCGCCCGCAGUACGACGGUCAUGCGAACCAGCAGGGCGCAAAACAAGGCGCAGCGUCUGAGUAUUAUAAUGGCAUGCAACCUGCCCACGCCGGCGCCGUGAACACUCCUGGAAGUAUCCCAGACGGGGCCCCACCACCAGCAGGCGGCGAAGAUGAGCGCGGGCUCGGAAGCUCGCUACUCGGCGGCGCCGCGGGGUAUUAUAUGGGAAACAAAGCAAACCACGGGAUACUAGGCGCCCUCGGAGGCGCGAUCGCAGGGAACAUGCUCGGAAACAAGGUCCAUGAGGGGAAGCACGAUCAUGGGCAUGGGCAUGGGCAUGGGCAUCAUGGCCACGGACACUCGCAUCACCAUCGCAGACGGGGAAGCGGAAGCAGUGACAGUUCAUCUGAUGACAGCGACCGAAAGCAUAGCCACAAGCACAAGCAUAAACAUCACGGCAGUCACUCGAGUCAUUCGGGAUUUUUUUGA